AUGGCGAAGAAGCGCGGCCUCGACCACCUCGGAACCGGCCAAUCCGUUCGUCGCCUGGAGCGCAUUGCGAGUGGCGACGCGCCAGAAGAGUGGCCUGGGACCAUGAUUCCGAACGACGAACCGCCACCGCCGUCUCCCGAAAGGUUCAGUCGACGCGAGGAGAGAGCACUUCGAACGCAAGAGUGGAGACAGCCGUCGCCCGAGCGCAAGCCCCUUCCACAACUGGUGGCGCCAGAACCGAAGGAGCCGAAGGGCGAGUUGGUGAUUCCGAGCGUCAUGAACGCGGACGAUGUAGUAGGCAUACCCCGGCGCAAGCGGUUACUGCGGGACACAAUCCCCAGCAACAAUCCACUACCAUCCUCCCGACUAACUCGUGGGCUGUGGGCCGACGUCCAACGGCACCUCAUACAGGCGUACGAAUACCUGUGCCACGUUGGUGAAGCCAAGGAGUGGAUUGAGGGCUGCUUGGGAGGGGAGCUUCCUUUCGGCGUGGUGGAGUUGGAGGAGCAGCUUCGCAACGGCGUCAUCCUCGCGAAGCUCGUCAGGGUCUUCCAGGGCGAAGCAUCUGUGCGCAGGAUCUACGAUGCGCCCAAGCUGGACUUCAGGCACUCUGACAACAUCAACCACUUCUUCGUUUUCGUCCGCUAUGUCGGACUACCCGAGGGUUUCAUUUUUGAGUUAACGGAUCUGUACGAGAAGAAGAACCUGCCUAAAGUCAUCUACUGUAUACAUGCUCUGAGUCACUUGCUCGCUCGUCGCGGUCUUGCACGGCGAAUCGGGAAUCUCGUUGGUCACUUGCAGUUUUCAGACGAUCAGCUGCAGAAGACGCAGAGAGGGCUGAAAGAAGCCGGUGUACCCAUGCCUAACUUCGGGAAUAUCGGGCGGGAGCUAGCCAAAGAGAUCAACGAGGAGCCUGAGGAGGAGCCGGAAACAGAGGAUGAAAGACGCGAUCGGCUAUUGUUGGAAUGCGAAGACUCUAUCGCCGAGCUGCAGGCAACUGCUCGAGCUUUCCUGGUCCGGAAAGCGCAGGCCACUCAGCGAGCUCGUAUCCGCAUGGCCGAACGCUACGUUCCGAAAAUCCAAGCCAUCGCUCGCGCCGCCCUCGUCCGAAAGCAAUUGAAGCAAGACAGGAAGCAAGUUGCCGACCUCGGACCGUGGGCGACCGCCCUCCAGGCCCGCGCCCGUGGUAUCCUCGUGCGUAGACAGUGGAAGCAACACCUCCGCCUGAUCCGCUCCUCCAUCCCGUUUGUCGUGAAGGUGCAGGCCCAGUCCCGCGGCGUCCUUCAGCGGCGUAAGUUCCAGAAGCUGAAGGCCGCUAUCCGGAGCUGCAAGAUGUCCGUGGUGAAGCUGCAGUCGAUGGCGCGAGCUCGCAUUGCGCAGCGUAGCCACAAGGAGAUUUCGAAGGAGUUCGCGCGGCCUGUGGUCAUGGGCAACAUCGUCGCCCUGCAGGCUCACAUGCGUGGUGCCCUCGAGCGCGCGCACAUCGCUCGUCAGCGCGCGGCUCUUGCGCGUGCAGCGUCCGGGGUAGUCGGAUUGCAGGCACAAGUCCGAGGCGUGUUGAUUCGCCGGCGAGUCCGGACGCAGCUUGCGAAGCUGGAAGACGUGACGGACGUGGUCGUGCGCAUCCAGGCCGCGGUCAGGACCUAUCUGGCGCGGAAGCGGCUUCUGAACCUCAUUCGCAGUCUGCGCAAGGCUACCCCGGCGCUUGUGGGUCUUCAGGCCAUUGCUCGUGCCAAGCUUGCCCGUCAACAACACAAGGAGAUGCACCACGCGCUCUCAGAGGUAAAGGUUGUCAUGGCGGUUGGCGGCUUCCAAGCACGGGCUCGCGCUGCUCUAGCGCGGUCUCGCCAUCAGGAACAGGUGAAGAAGCUCGAGUUCGUGGAGCCUGACGUCGUUGGCUUCCAAGCGACUGCCCGCGGCUACCUCGUCCGUCUCGAGUGGCUCGCGUGGCGGGACUACAUCCGGAGCAGCCACCCGCAGGCGACGAUACUGCAGGCACUGCUGCGUGGUGUGCUCCAGCGGCGACGGUUCCGCGAGAAGAUGGCGUACUACCGCUCAAACCUGGACAAGAUCGUGCAGAUCCAGUCGCUCUUCCGCGCGAAGGAGACGCGCGAGCAGUACCGGCAGCUCACGCUGGGCACGAACGUGACCGUCGGCACGAUCAAGAACUUCGUCCAUCUGUUGGACGACUCGGAGGCGGACUUCCAGGAGGAGAUCAAGGUCGAGCGCCUGCGCCAGGAGGUCGUGAAGCGCAUCCGCGAUAACCAGGGCCUGGAGCACGACGUGAGCGAGUUGGAUGUCAAGAUUGCGCUCGUCGUGCAGAACGUGAAGAACUUCGAGGAGCUUGUGAAGGCGAAGCGUCGGCUGGGCACUGAUAGCGCUGCGAUACACGCUGCUAGGGCGUCGGUGCUCGCUGCGCAUGGAGACCCUUUCGCUAGUCCCAGUACGCUGGAUCGCACGGCGAAGCGCAAGCUCGAGCUCUACCAGCAGCUGUUCUACGUCCUCCAGACGGACGGCAAGUACCUCACGCGAUUGUUCGCCAAGUUGUCUUCGAUGGACAGCUGGGAGAAGAACCGCAAACUGCUCGAACGUGUUGUCCUCACGCUGUUUGGCUACGGUCAAGCGCCUCGAGAGGAGUAUCUUCUGCUCAAGUUCUUCCAGACCGCUGUGCAUGAUGAAGUAGCGGCGGCCAACUCCGUCGAGGACAUCAUCCGCUCUCACCCUUCUUUCAUCAAUGUCGCAGUGCACUACUUGAGACCCAAGCAGACCCCCUUCAUCCGCGAGACCCUGCAAGGUGUCGUCCGUGAGGUCAUCAAUGCUGACGACCUUGACUUGGAGACCGAUCCCUGCGUUAUCUACCGUGUCAGGACCGACGUCGAAGAGAUGAGGUCCGGCGCAGCAAGCAACAGGACGAAAGACAUCGCGUUCCAUCAAGCCCUCCAUGAUCCAGACACACGAGCGGAGUACAUUCGACACUUGCAAGUUCUGCAGUGGUGGACGGAAGAGUUCGUCAGGGCAAUCACGACCUCCUUGUCGCGAAUGCCGUAUGGGAUGCGGUACAUGGCUCGGGAAACGCUCAAUGCGUUACUGCAGAACAAGUUCCCCGAUACUCCUCCCGAAGCAUGCGCUGCGUGUGUAGCAAGGCUGGUGUACUAUCGGUAUAUCAACCCCGCCAUCAUCACACCAGAGACGUUCGAUAUUGUGUCAACAACAGUCGACAUUGCUUCACGCAAGAACCUGGCGCAGAUAUCGAAGAUGUUGGCCCAGAUCACAAGCGGCGCCGAGUUUGGCGACGAGAGCCCUGCGUAUAUACCCGUCAACGACUAUGUUCGGAAGAGCAUCGCUCAGAUUACUGCUUGGCUUCUGCAAGUCGCUGACGUCUCCGAUGCCGAGACCGAGUUCCACGCACAUGAGUUCCUUGAUGCCACCAUUCAGCCGAGACCCAUCUGGAUUUCGCCGAACGAGGUAUACUCGAUGCACACAUUGUUGUCACAACAGUUAGACCACCUGGCACCGGCUCGUGACGACACCCUCCGCGUCAUCCUAACGGAGCUCGAUGGGGUGCCCAACGUAGGCAAUGAUGAGCUCAACGAGGCGCGGGACACAGCGCUCGAACUGCAGCUGUCAAACCGAUUCGCCCGCGUGAAGGAUCCGGGAGCAGAUGAGAAAGCGCUGUGGGUUCAAGCGAAGAGAGCCGUGCUUGCGAUCCUCCGUGUGCAGCCUGCAAAGGACCUCGUCGAGUCCUUGAUGCAACCAGUCACGGAUGAGCAUGAGCUAGUAUGGGAAGGCAUCCUCGAAGAGAUGGAACGGGACCAACUUCGCCACCAGCGGCGCAUGCCCUCCACUACCGGCGCCGAUUCCGCAUACCGGCUAGAGGAUAUUCGAUCCAUGACCUUCCGCGAAGUCAAAGCGCACGCAAUCUUCUUCCUCCUCGAGCUUGAGAAGCAGGGGAAGAUCACUCGCAUGGACGGAUACCAAGGCAUCCUGAACGCCAUUGCUGGUGAUGUUCGGAGCAAGAACCGACGCAGAGUUCAGCGUUUGCAUGAGAAGGAGAGCUUAGAGGAGUCGCUGAAGCACUUAGCGGAGCGCAAGAAGUACUUCGAGGAGCAGAUCCGCCAGUACCACGACUAUGUGGAGACCGCCAUGAACACCAUGCAGCGUGGGAAAGGGAAACGUCGUUUGCUCCCGUUCACGCCGCAAUACUUCCACAUGCGCGAGCUGCAGAAGGCGGGCAAGAUGCCGCAGUUCGGGUCGUACAAGUACACCGCUCAGCGUUUCUACGACAAGGGCAUCCUGCUCUCUAUCGAGAACUACUCACCUCGACAAUUCGACAAGCUGGACAUUGUGAUGUCCUCGAACGCCGUCGGUAUCUUCACCAUCGAGAUCUUUAACCAUACGCUGGGCAUCACGAACCGGAUGGCCACUUGCGACGUGAAGAUGGAGGAACUCUUGCAGGCACAGUUCGAAGACCGCGCUUCUUUCUCAAUGUUCAACGGACUCGCGAAGUUCAACCUCAACUUGCUGUUGUGGCAAAUUAACAAGAAGUAA